AUUGCCAUUUCAAAUCAAUCAGUCGAAAAAAUGAAGAGCUACAGCACCUUGUCCCUGGUUUUUCUCGCCGGUUUUCUAUUUGUUGCAAUUUCAGGUAACAAGACAACAGGCAAUGAAGACACCCCGCAGCUUUUGUCGUCUACCAUUGACGUCAGCAAUGCUUCAGAGACCCGGCCAGCAUCAGCACCGGUAGCCGCUACUGCCAGCGAAGAGGACAAGAAAUUGCUGCUACCUUUACUGGCUAUGAAGCCGCUGGUUAUCGCUGGCGGUUUGCUGGCCGGUGGAAAGUUAAACCAGAAGAAACCUUCGAUGCCGAGCCCGGCAGUCGCAGCCGCUAGACCCACAUCAGCAGUCAACAAUAACGUCUUGGUGGUGAUCGAUGACAACAUCCAGCAGCAGCAGCUCGUGGAAAAGACGAACGCAGGUGAUGAUGACGAGCCCAGGAAAUUGCUGAUACCGAUGAUGGCCAUGAAACCGCUGUUACUCGUCAGUGUGUUGACCGGCGCAAAGUUAGUUAAAUUACCCGCCAUAUCGCCACCGAAAAUCGGCAUCACAAUUACUAGACAUGAAUAUCCAAAACAAUUUGCUGACGGUGACACAAUGCCGUAACGCAUUAUCAGCCAAUUAACUCCCUCCAACGCUAAAAUCUUUUAUUUAUAUUACAAUCGUGCAUAUGUACUGUGUUUUCGGCAAUAAAAAUGCAAGAAAAAUAUUGUCAGGAAUCCUAAAUUUACUCAUACCUAAAAUUUAUGAAUUUAUAAGUUAAUUGGAGACCAAAAUAGAUCUUUAAUUUUUACAAGGUUUGGAGAGAGGUCAUUGAUCUCCGUAUCUGCGUGACCUCUUUCGACCUACCUUAACCUAAAUGGAGGUCGUUGAAAUGUAGUCAAAAUUAUUUUUAAUUAUAGGCAUGUGGGCAUGUGGUGGUGUAUAUCGUCAAACACAGAUAUAGUUUAGUAUAAAAAGUGGCGUACGGAGCUUUGGAUGACAUAGUAUAGCGAAACAUGUCGAAGCGCAGCAUCUUGUUCUCAGUUUUAGUCUGUGUGGGUCUUGUUUUGGCUACUGGUAUUCAUGGUGAGUCGGUUGGCGAAGUAGACAACAAAUUCUUAUUUGGAGGCAUUUCAAUUUCAAUCGACAAACCUGGGGUAAAUCCUCCAUCAACUCCGACGCCAACUCCGCCAACUCCGCCAACUCCGCCAACGCCAACUCCGCCAACUCCGACGCCUCCCAAUCCGAACGAAUGUGUCAGUUUCACCGGUGGCUUCAAAUGUUACAAGCUGCCGACAGGUUGUGUUUGCCCAGUCAACACUCAGAAACCGUGGGUGGAUGCCUUUGAUUUCUGUAAGGCCAACGGUCGGUCUCUCAUAAGCUUCAAAACGGCGGAAAAACAAGCCGAAUUCGAAACAUAUUUACCUGCCAUAAUAGCAAAAUCGGAUAACCUUUUCACGACAAUCGGAUUUUGGACAUCGGGAACUUUUUGCUUGGAGACGUCGGCUGCAAAUGUUUACUGCCCCUCGAAAAACACUUGGGCGUGGGCGGCCACUCGCCAGAAUUUCGGUUACGUCAACUGGGAGACGGGUCAGCCCGAUAUGACCAUGUUGCCAAGGACUGCGUGCGCUCGUGCCGUACCCACCAACAAAUACAAAUGGGACGACAUUGACUGUGGCCAGUUCCUACCAUUCAUCUGUGAAUAG